AUGGGAGCUGAAGAUUCAAUCAUAUGGCUCCCAUUGCCCUCAGGAGUCUACUCAACAAGAUCGGGGUAUAACUCUGCUAAUGCUCUCCCCUUAGGGGAAAACCUGCAAAAACGUGGACUAGGAUCAGACUUCAACUGCAUAAGAUGCCAAGAAAAGGAAACAAAAGAGCAUAUUUUCUUCAAAUGCCAGUAUGCGAGAGAGGUAUGGAAACAAAUACCACUGGCUAAAGGUCCACAUAUAUUGGAUGACGACAGUUUCGAGAAAGCAAUUACAAAGUUCCGUCAAGCGAUCUGUCUUCCUCCGACAGGAAUCAGAGGCAGUGUACUAUCCUGGAUCUGCUGGGCAAUAUGGAACUCAAGAAACACGCUGGUCUUUGAAAAGAAAAGCUAUACCUCUGAGGAGACAGCGACAAAAGGAGUAGCAUCAGCACAAGAAUGGAAUCUAGCGCAGCAAAAAAUCGAACUUCAUACCUCCUUGUUGCAGAAGGAGAGGGAAACGACAUCAUCUAAUAGAAGGCAACAAAAUGGGGAAGCGGUUAUCUGCCACACAGACGCGUCUUGGGAGAAAGAGAGAAAGAGAGCAGGACUAGCUUGGAUGUUCUCAGGCUCACCCCCCCUAUCGUACUGGAAGAAACCCGUGUAG